AUGGCCUCAAAAAGAAAGCGGACGGCAACUGCAGACCCCGAGGAAAGCGCCACGAGAGAAUCAAAACGGUUUGCCUGGCUGAAACCGCAUGUCAAGAACGUCUCCAAGCAUACCAUCAAAUCGAAAUGGACUGCUCUUCCGGAGCCAGUCCAGGACAAAGUCCGCAGCAUGUUUCGGUCAUUGGAGAGACCCGUCAUUGUCCGCCAACGUGAUGAACGCAAGCGCAUUGAAGCUCAGACAGCAUUGACUGCUGUAGUCAAGACUCUGGAACGCCGCCUUCCUCGCAUGCCAUUCCCACCGCUUACCAAAGAUACUGUAUUUGACCACGAAUCUAUGCUGAAUGAGCAUCGGGUCUUGGAGACACAAUUGUCUACAACGAGAAAUACAAUCGAUCUUUUGAAAAUGGAAGUCGAGCGUGAAGAGGCUCUUCUAGCCAAGGAACUCAAAUACGUCAAGGAAAUGGAGAAAAACGCGAAACAGGCUGAGAGUGAGCGCCGACGCCAAAUGAAAAAUGAGCACCCCGUCCUCAGACAUAUUGACGAUAAGCCCUCUCACAUAAAUGAAUCUCCAGCACCGUUUGUUGUCGUUGAUUCCUCAAAAGACCAGACUGCGCUAUGCGAGAUCGAACCUGAUCCCGAAUUCCAAGCGCUAGUAACACAGCUCAACGGGCAUCUCAGUUCGAUGCAAAACAACUUUGCGCCCUUCGCCGCAUUGCAGGACGCCAUUACGGAAGCGCAAGUGGCUCUGGAUCUUGUUCCGCUUCCACCAGAUUGA